CUCACUCUCUCCCUUGAUUGGUAGUGUAAAGUUUGGGGUUUGGAAGUUGCAAUUCCUAAACAUGGCUGAAGCUGCUGCACCUGUUGUUCCAAGUGAUGAGUUGUUGGAAUGGCCAAAGAAGGAUAAGCACAGGUUUCUGCAUGCUGUGUAUCGUGUCGGGGACCUUGAUCGCACCAUCAAGUUUUACACAGAGUGCUUUGGGAUGAAGUUAUUAAGGAAGAGAGAUGUUCCUGAAGAGAAAUAUGCAAAUGCUUUCCUUGGUUAUGGCCCUGAAGAAUCUCACUUUGUCGUGGAAUUGACUUACAAUUAUGGAGUUGACAAAUAUGACAUUGGAACGGGGUUUGGACACUUUGCUAUUGCAACUCAAGAUGUUUACAAAUUGGUCGAAGACAUCAAGGCUAAGGGUGGAACUGUUACUCGUGAACCUGGUCCUGUCAAAGGUGGAAGUACUGUCAUUGCUUUUGUGAAAGAUCCCGAUGGCUACCUCUUUGAGAUUAUUCAGCGUGGUCCUACUCCUGAACCACUCUGUCAAGUAAUGCUCCGUGUGGGUGACCUGGAACGUUCUAUCAAGUUCUACGAAAAGGCAUUAGGAAUGCAACUUUUAAAGAAAACUGACAGGCCAGAACAGAAGUAUACCAUAGCAAUGAUGGGAUAUGCUCCGGAACUUGAGACUAUCGUUUUGGAGUUAACAUACAAUUAUGGUGUUACCGAGUACACCAAAGGAAAUGCCUAUGCACAGGUUGCGAUCAGCACAGAUGAUGUGUACAAAAGUGCAGAGGUUGUUAACCUUGUGACCCAAGAGCUUGGCGGAAAGAUAACUCGACAACCAGGUCCAAUUCCUGGGAUCAACACCAAAAUCACUUCUUUCCUAGACCCCGAUGGUUGGAAAACAGUUCUGGUUGACAAUGAAGAUUUUCUGAAGGAGCUUCAGUAAGCACCACGAGUGAAACAGCCAUCAAUCUCAGAAUCUUCUUAGAAUAAAACAUGAAUUACCUAUAUGCCUGCAAAAUGAAUAUUCUUAGAUUAUCAACUAUGCUUGAGCAUCAUUUGCAUAGCAGCAGUGCUUCCUGUGUAAUUCAUGAGUGUUGUAACUACAAAAUAUGACAUUUGAGUAAGUUGGUAUAUUUGAAAGUUUGGUUAUAAUAAGCAUGUUAAAGUUUUAGCCAAA